CUCGCAUUCAAACAUUCAAUCCUCUGGUUUAUGAUUUUCUCGACCGAAUGCCAGUAGAGCAUUAAACUGUACAAACCACUUGGAAGGAGGGUUCGCCAGAUCGAGAAAUAUAAAUCAACAGUGAGUCACCAAGAGGGGGUUCACUAAUCAGGGGUAACAAAAAUGAAACAGCAUAUAAACCCUGAGUAACUACGAAAUAAACGGAACCAUCCCAUUACUGCGCAUACAUACUACUGUCAAAAAUUUUCUUUGUGUCUACAACUACAUAUAUAACGACAAAUCUUCAUUGCCUUCGAACGCAAGCACUAAUGUACUACUCAAUAAGUCUAAACGAAGGUUUGCCCUACUGUAGUGACAAUGCUGCUCAUGGAGUCGAAAACCUCAUCCCCGCAGUAUCUAACCCAGAGCAGAGGUUUGCUGACGUCACAUACUGCGGCAAUCGCAGCAGCUUCUUGCUCUUCUCCGUAGGCGUUGCGCAUAAUGGCAGUGCAGGUUCUGCGAGCUAUAGCUCUGCGGCCGAUGAUGGAGUCGAGAACGACGAUACGUCAGAAGCGCGUACUGUGGACGAAGGGGACAUCCCGGAUAUUGAAUGCCAUUGUGAGCUCACAAAUGGUACAUGCGCAGGUUGCUCGCCGGAAUGUGCAGCCAACUGUCAAUACAAGCAAGUGCUAAGCGAUAUAAAGUGUGCAGCUUACUCAAUCGGACGUGAUGCAUCACUUGGACCAGAGCUUUCCCUACACCAAACCAAAGGACUCCUUCACUCGUUUUUUCAAUUCUUUGAAGGGCUUUACUACUUUUUUGGACUAUGCAGUAGAGGUAGAAGCUGCGCCAAGGAUCAUAUCAAAAUAUUUCCGUUAGGAAAAUCCGGUAGAGCUAGAGACUACACCAAAAAUCAGAUCUUAAUGAUGCCAUUAAUGUAUUGCAAUCUAGUGGAUGCUGGAUGGACCAUAUGGGAUGACAUUUCUUUCAUAAUGGCAAUCAUCAGUGCGAGUUUCAGUAUACUUAGCGUUCCUUUCAUGGUCAUUUGCAAAAUGUUGAUAAUAUUUUACGGGACAGACGCCAAAGGAAGCGAUGCUCUUAAUGACGAGCUGACUAAAUUAAUUCAAGAUAUAGGCUAUGACAUCGGUCUUCCUAAGGUGGCGCAAGCCUUGAUUGAUCUACACACAAGUGCUACGCCACAAGAUUUUACGAAAGUAAGCAAACAUUCAUACUUGUGGUUUGAUGAACAGAAGUUUCAAUACAGGCUGGAAGUACCUGCUUUGAUUGAGGGACUCAGCCCCGACAAUCUCAAGCUGGCUAGCUUAUCUGCUAAUGCUCCUAGUGCUGCUGCUAGAGAAGUCAAUUUUUUUGAAUUGGUGAACAUAUUUAGCAGUACUUACUCAACAAGGCUUUCCAACGUGCACUAUGCAGUCAGGAUUGAGUAUGUGCUCUCCGCCAUGCUACAUGCUACUACUUGCAAGGCCGCACAUUCGACCGCUUUGUUCAUCAUUGCCAUUACACUAGACAGUGUUGUACGAUCAUGCGUCCCACACGAUAUUGGAAACCUAGAUAUACUUGCGCAAUAUAUGUUGCUGUCAGUGCCAGAUAUAUCUCCUGGUAAAGGUGAAUGUCACCCAGGUCAUGUGCUUCACAUCAAGGGCGUUCGUGAUGGCAACGACACUAUAGCCAGAAUGACCAACCUACUUCUUCUUGCCAUUAGCAGGAUACACAAGAGAACCAAGGCUUCUCCCUUUACACUGUCUUUUGAUACAAGCUUUGCAGAUGCUAUCAAGUGGUUCUCGCAGCCAGCCGUUUACCAACCGCCAAUUGUCGUGCUUGACAUGUUCUUAUCUGACCUGGAAUUAUCAUUUGAGGCUGAUACGAUUAGGCUAACCUCCACGGGUGAUACUGCUGUACUGGCCAAAAAUAUGUACAAGGCCGGAUAUUCACAAUGCUUGGUGGCUUUGUUCAUUGAGGAAGCAGUGGUCAGCGAGACAGAAAUCAAGCUCAAGAUACCAGGGUGUUUUAGGCUGGGCAUUGCGCGUGCAUUAGCAGCCAUACGUGCUCGUGGCUUUACCGCCUACAACCUCACAAAAGACCAACUGGAGAAUGUACCAAUUGGUAUGCAGGCACCUCCUCUUACUUGGAGUGAAGAGAGAGUCAAAAAUCCUGGUCUGCAGCUAUACGAUGUACUCAACAACAAAUUUAUACCUUGGGCACAUGACUUGCGGUACAUUGCAGUAUCAUAUUCACGAUCUGAGAUAGGAUAUGUACGCACACAGGUGGAGGGACUGAUGGAAAAAUGCAAAAAGUUUGGAAUAACCAUGCUGUGGGUUGACUUCAUGUGUUGGAAGCCCAAUCAAGAUCGUGCUGCAUACUUUGACAUGAUUAACGUGUAUUGGCAUGCGAAUGCGACGGUCAUCAUUGAUCCCUAUGUGCACAGAAGGCACGUGAACAACUCAGCUUGGUCUUCACGCAUUUGGACCAGAGCUGAGGCUGCCGUAAGUAACAUCCUCAUGAGCUACUCCCGCAAUCAACUAACCACCGUGUCCAACAAACGACGCAAAUUUCGCACAUUUGGAGAAGCUUUGUCAUGGUUUCACGGCUCAGUGUCUUUUAUUGAAGAAGAUUCGACUAUUGCUCUCGGUGGAUUACUUGGGGCUGUUAGGAAAGCCGAUGUGGAGAAAACAAUGUAUGCAUGUUUAUCUGGUAUCAGCACCUACGGACUAUUGCAGUAUGCACCCAGUGCUGAUAAAUCAUUGUGCUGGCUACCGCGAGUUGGCGGCAGCCGGCCAUCUCUUGUGCAAGAAGAAAUUGCUGAAACAAUGGUCUGGCGGCGUAGUCUAUUUAUCCGUGCGACAGAGCUUGAACCAAAUCUGCGCGCCAUCAAGGAAGCUCAUUCGCUAUUGGCAUCAGAACAAGAUAUCCUAAUAGAUGCAAAAAGUGUCAUGUAUCUACAAGUUGCAACCGUUGAGAGCAGAGCCGUGUGUUGGAUUGUCAUCAGGCAACCAGACAUGUGUCACGUAGUUGGGACUACCACGUUUGGUAAAGGUGUAUACAGGGAGCUUGGUAUCAGGAAGGUGUUGGUCAACGGCUUGGCAGACGGGCUCUCUCAAGAGAUACGGUAUACUGCUACUGACUUGCGCACCCAUCACGCAGUGGUUUCGAAAGCUGAUCAUCGAUUGGUAGGAUUGUCAGAGGUGCUUACAGAUGAGGAGAAAGCUGACGGCGUACCAGAAAUGAUUGACAAAUUUCACGUAAAGCGGGCUGGUUGGGUAUCAUCGUCGACUGUGAACCAGACUCCAUUGGUCGGGCCGAUGAAGCGUGCUAAUGCACUGGAUGCUCAGAUACAAAUUUGAAUAUCUAAUUUAAUCGAGGUAAGUAAGUAAGUUGAGGAAGAGACUGGUUAUUUCUUCAUUUUCUUAUUGCUUAC